ACUGUAAAAUGUCUGCCGUUAGUAGGAGACUAUGCUGGGCUAUAUAAAUGUGUCUAAAAUACUCGUUUUCAGGUAUUUGGCGCCACGUUUUCUAUCACAACAGUCACCUCCAAGUGGAACUUUACAUAUAAUCUCGUUCUCGUCGUUUUACCGGAGUGUCCUACCUUAUCGGUGGCUAUCGAAAUCAGGUUCCAUUUGCAGUCUCCCGGGAAAGCGUAUAAUCAGAAAGUGCUCAAUGCCUAAAAAAAACAAAACGAGUGUACAGAACAAAGGUGCGGCAGAGGAUGCGGAGUCCCCAUUGGGCCCCGUUGUACGUGACAAAAGUGGACUCGUCUGUAUUGCUAUACAUGCAAAGCCUGGGUCAAAACAGAAUGCUAUCACAGCUGUGUCCGAGCGGACCGUGGACGUCUGUAUAGCUGCAGCUCCGUCCGACGGCGAAGCGAACGCAGAGCUGGUCCGGUAUCUCUCCAAGGUGCUGGAGCUGAGGCGAAGCGAUGUCGUUUUAGACAAGGGGUGUAGAUCCCGGGAGAAAAUAGUUAAGAUUUCAGGCUCCAUGAGCCCAGAAGACGUUCUGCAGAAACUUAAAACAGAAGCUGCCUCAUAGGCGACUGGAAAGCUAGGAAGAGUGAUCAUGGCACCAGAGAGUCUCCCUGUGGGGAAGACGAAAAGGCAUCAGAACAGCACGGCAGGGUACCCAGACUGCGUGAAUCAUGUGACGUCCCGCUGUUUCCAGCACCAACAGUAAAUUCCUGGGCUUUGGUGACAUUUGUCAGGCAAUCUGGCAUCACUUGUACUUUCUUUCUUUAAUACAUAACUGCAAUAAGAUAUACUAAUGAAUUGUUUAUAAAGAGUGACACGUGAAUGGUGAUUGAGGUAAAAUCCAGUUGCCCUUUGUCGAAAUGAAUUCUUUUAAUAUAACAAAUUUUCCAAUUGUUUCUACCAGGGUAAGAAAGUUGUCUGUACCAGUAACAGACAAAAAGCAUGGAUCCUGCAGAACCUGCUUUAAAGAUGUGUGUGCAGUGUAUGUUAACAUUCUCUCCAUUCGUUUCCUGCCGUGAGCUUACAAUUAAAAUAUCUAGAUGUUAAUUGUUAUUUUAUCUUCAUACACAAAGGGGAGCUAGUGAGUCGGUGUUUAGCUUUAGAGACCGUAAUGCUGUCAUUGCUGGCUCCUUUUAGGUUACUUAAUGAUUAUGGAAGGUGUUCAGUAGCUGGAAUGAGAAAAUGCACAGAUUGCCACUGGCGAACAGAGCUGCUCGCUGAAUAUGAUAAAGAACAAACAGUAACAAGUAAGAAAGAACACAAAAAUAACAUCUGAGUAAUGUGAUCUUUAAUUUUCAGCAGUAUUUCAAAUAUCAAAUGACUAAUCUUUCAAUUUUUGUGAAAUCCCUUGUAUAAAAAUAAGAAUUACCCUCA